AUGACUGGGGCUCCAAACGGCUUCAUUCCCUUCCUACUUGCCCUUGACAGUGGUAUGGAGGUGCUGGUCCUGACUUCCAGCGAGUGGUUGUACCUUUCUACUACUGCAGACACAUGUAACAUCUGGCAACGGGAGUGUGCAUACCACGCCGUGGCGACGCCUGAAAGCGGGAACCUGUCAUGUAUACCUGUGUACGAUGGAGCCAUUUGGCCCCUCAUCAACACCAACCAACGCCUCCGGUCAUGGGAGGCUGUCCACGACGUGCUGGCGUGGCAGGAAGACCUUGCCGAGGAGAACAGCACGAACAAAGCUCUAGGAAACAACCCAACAUCCCGGGACCCAGACCGACUGGUUGUUGCGAUCAAUCUUAUGGCCGAUCCAGAGGCAUCGAAGAUUGUACUUAACGCCGACUUCCCUGAGAUUACUGUUCCAGGAAACAUGGCCAACCAGGUGAUGGCUACGAGGGCUUUCGUCGACGAGGUCUACACGGUCAAAAAUCCGUUUACUGGGCUCGCCAACAAGUAUUACGAUGUCGACUUUCCGUUCCGGGACGACCCGGCAGCCGCCUGGUGGUGA